AUGGAGUUUUUGAAUUUGAAUGUUAUACUUCUCGGUAUCAUUCUCAGCUUCCUCUUCGUCCAAUCACAACAAGGUCAAGCUCAAACUCUAUCACCACCUCCUCCUCUUCCGCUCCGGAAUCUCUCGCCUCCUCCUCCUCCUCCGCCAUUGAAACAAUCAGGAGACAGUACGCCGCCACGUCCUCCUCAAGCUAACACGCCUCCUCCGCCUCAAUCCAGCGUUGGCAUUCUAACUCCUCCUCCUCCAUCUCCUCCGCCUCAUUCUCCACCUUCACCACCGCCGCCGAUUCCAAAACCUCCUCCUCCGCCACCGCGUGCGCUAGCUCCUCCUCCGCAAUUUAACAGAAAUAAAUCACGGAGGCUACGACCACCAUCUCCACCUCCUCCUACUCCUCCGCCUCCACGGAUCUUCAAGCAGCCGGAGAAGAGUGGAUUAAACACAGGGAAGACGGUGGGUCUUGUUUUUGCUGGGUUCGCAGCGAUGCUGCAGAUUUGCGUUGUUGCCUUCUUGGUUUUCAAAAGAAAGCAGCUUUUAAGGAUGACACAUACUUACUGA